AUGCUGUCUUUUAUCUCCAAAACCAAGCUAUUCCGCUACCUUCAUACACUGCCACCGCCACCCAAAACAGCCAGCAAGAAAAGAGCAGCAGAGCAGAACUGCUUAGCCCUCUUGGAACUCUGCAACAACUUCCCAAAACUGUCCCAAAUCCACACUCACAUUCUGAAAUUAGGCCUUCAAACGAACCCACUUGUCCUCACCAGGUUGGCCUCCACGUCUUCUGACCUCAAUGCCAUUGAUUAUGCUUCCUCCUUCAUUUUUGGCCUUGAUGCCAAAACCCAUCUCUAUGAUACCUUCCUUUUCAACACUGUCAUCAGGGCUUAUGCUCAAACAAAGGAUUCAAAGCAGAAUGCCCUGAUUUAUUACAAAAUUAUGCUUAAAGAUUGCAUUUUUCCUAACAAAUUUACGUACCCGUUUGUUCUUAAGGCCUGUGCUGGCAUUGGAGAGUUGAGUUUAGGCCAAAGUGUUCAUGGGUCUGCGGUGAAAUAUGGUUUUAGCGAUGAUAUUCAUGUUUUGAACACCAUGGUUCAUAUGUAUUGUUCUUGUGGCGGAGGAAUUGAGUUCGGCCGGAAAGUGUUUGAUGAGAUGCCUAAAUGUGAUUCAGUGUCGUGGAGUGCGAUGAUUGGCGGGUAUGCCAAGUUGGGCAUGUCAAGUGAGGCGGUGGGGUUGUUUAGGAAAAUGCAGAUUGCUGGAGUGAGGCCCGAUGAGGUUACUAUGGUGUCAGUGUUGUCUGCUUGUACUGAUUUGGGUGCACUUGAGCUUGGGAAGUGGGUGUCUUCCUAUAUUGACAAGGAGAAGGUUCCGAAGAGUGUGGAGCUAUGCAAUGCGUUGAUUGACAUGUUUGUCAAGUGUGGCGAUGUUGACAAGGCUUUGAAGUUGUUUAGGAACAUGGCUGAGAAGGACAUUGUUUCGUGGACUUCUUUGAUUGUUGGUAUGGCAAUGCAUGGCCGUGGUUUGGAGGCCAUUUUAUUGUUUGAGGACAUGAGGAGUUCUGGAAUAGUGCCUGACGAUGUUGCUUUUAUAGGAUUGCUCAGUGCUUGUAGCCAUUCUGGUUUAGUUGAGAAGGGCAGGCAGUAUUUUGAUUUGAUGUUGAAGGAAUUCAGAAUUGUGCCCAAGAUAGAACAUUAUGGGUGCAUGGUUGAUCUGUUAAGCAGGGCCGGACUUGUUAAAGACGCAUUGGAGUUUGUUGAGAGUAUGCCCAUUGAGCCAAAUCCAGUCAUUUUGCGAGCACUAAUCACUGCCUGCCGUGCUCAUGGUGAGCUCAAGCUCAGUGAAAGCAUGACUAGGAAGCUCAUAAAACAGGAGCCGAUGCUCGAGUCCAACUAUGUCUUGCUGUCUAAUAUCUAUGCAAAAUCGUUAAACUGGGAGAAAAAAACAACAAUUAGGGCGGUUAUGGGGAAAAAGGGAAUUAGAAAAACUCCAGGUAGCACCAUGUUUGAGCAGGAUAAUGAAAUUUAUGAAUUUGUUGCCGGAGAUAAAACUCAUAAUGAAUACAAAGAAAUUUAUGAAAUGUUGGACGAAAUGGGGAAGGAGAUGAGAAGGGCUGGAUAUGUUGCUACCACUUCUGAAGUUUUACUUGAUAUUGACGAGGAAGACAAGGAAGAUGCUUUAAACAGGCACAGUGAGAAGUUGGCUAUUGCAUUUGCCCUUCUGAAGACACCUCCUGGAACUUCUAUUCGCAUUGUGAAAAACUUGCGUGUUUGUGAGGAUUGUCAUACUGCUACUAAGUUUAUCUCCAAGAUCUACAGUAGGGAAAUAGUGGUCAGAGACAGAAACCGUUUUCACCACUUCAUAGAUGGGUUAUGCUCAUGUAAAGACUUCUGGUGAAACAGUGGAGAGAAUUUUGCUUGUCCAUAAUUUGGCUGUUUACACUUUGUCCAGUGGUGGUACAUCACAAGCAAGCAGCUGGCAAAUGGCAGCACUACACGUACGUUAUAUCAAAUAGCACUAGAGACUGGUUGAGUAUUUCUGGUUUUGGUAGUCUUCAUUAGUUUGGGGACCCUAAUGGCAGUUUUGGUUCUGAAGUAAGUCAAACCUGGGCUUAUGGAAUUUGUUCUGUGUGUGUGCUUGUUGCCACUUAACAUUUCUGUUUGAAACUAAAUGGUACAAAUUUAAGAAGUGUUCAGAAAUUCCCAUAGUCCACAUUCUUCAAGUCAUCAUGGCAGCUACAAAGAGAAGAGGCCUUAAAUUCCUGCAAAUAGUGAGAGAAUGUAAGAAGACUCUCAAGAAUUUUCAAAAUCCCUCACUCAGAUAAAUUCCGAUAUUUAGUUUGCAUUCUAUAGAACUUUUGUGAUUAUUAGUCUGCCUACUAGACAUUAUUCCUAUGAAAGAAAGUUCCAUGAACUCCAUGUUAUUCUUCAAUGA